AUGACAGAUGAAGUGGCUUACGGGGUCGCAGGAGGCGAAUUGAACAAGCGCAAGUAUGAGGAUUCGCCGUCUCCGGUGGCGCGCAGGGCAACGGGGUUCUCGUCGCCUCCCGACUCCGCCCCGCCGCCGUCUUCUUACAACAGCGUCCCUCCGCCGAUGAACGAGAUCGAGGCGGCCAAACAGAAGGCGCAGGAGAUUGCAGCUAGGCUCUUGAAUAACGCGGACCCAUCCAAAAGAGCGAGAGUUGAGAACGGAGCUGGCGUUGGUGGCGGAUUUGAUGCUAUCGAUGCAGGUAGCGGUCAGAAGCAUCCUGGCUUGGGUCUUAGUGGUCCACCUCCAAGCGCAUCAUUUGGUUACCCAGGCCCCAGCAAGAAAAUUGAGAUACCAAAUGGGAGGGUUGGUGUCAUUAUUGGAAAAGGUGGGGAAACUAUCAAAUACCUACAAACUCAGUCAGGCGCUAAGAUCCAGGUCACAAGAGACAUGGAUGCAGACCCUAAUGCUGCUACCAGAGCCGUUGAACUCACUGGUACACAGGAUCAAAUAGACAGGGCAGAGAAAUUGAUAAAUGAUAUUCUUUCAGAGGCUGAUACAGGUGGUUCUGGCAUUGUAUCUAGGAGGGUGGGUGGGCAAGGAGCUGGAGCUGAUCAGUUUGUUCUGAAGGUCCCCAACAAUAAGGUUGGACUUGUUAUUGGUAAAGGAGGUGAAACUAUUAAAAAUAUGCAAGCAAGGACUGGUGCUCGCAUUCAGGUUAUACCUUUGCACUUGCCACCUGGUGAUAUGUCAAAAGAAAGAACAGUGCAGAUUGAUGGAACUAAAGAACAGAUUGAAGCUGCAAGGCAGUUGGUCGAAGAAGUUAUCAGUGAGAACCGCAUGAGAAACCAAUCAAUGGGUGGAGGGUAUAAUUCUCAGCAAGACUACCAAGCGCGGCCUCCGAGCAACUGGAGCCAGCCGGGCCCACCCAUGCAGCAACCUGGCUACGGUUAUGUCCAGCCUGGCCCAUACCCCGGCCCUGAGCAGUACAACAUGAACAACCCAAAUUACACUAGUUACCCGCCCACGUCUGGCGGGUACACUGCUGGCUGGGAUCCAUCUCAAAACCAGCAAACUGCCCAGGGAGGUUCUAACUAUGAUUACUACAGCCAGCAACAGCAAACCCAUGGUGGCCCGGCCGAUGGUUCUGGUUAUAAUUAUGGGCAGGGACAGGGACAGGGACAGGGCUAUGGCCAGGAUGGCUAUGGCGGUUACCACACGGGCACAGCUCAGUCUGGCUAUGGACAGCCAGCGGCUAAUCCUAGUGCCGGAUAUGAACAGCAGAAGCCGGGAGGCUAUAACGCGACUUAUGGCAACCCACCAGCCGACGGAAACACCCAGACUGACACCAGCCAACCACCAGCCCAGCCCAGCCCGAAUCCAAACUAUCCCUCCGGUUAUGGGGCAUCUUCACAGAGCGGGUACGGAACUCAAAUGCCGUCUGGUUAUGGAAGCUACGGUGGGCCACAGGCUCAGAAGCCAGGUGGGGGUCAGCCUAGUUAUGGGCAGUUGCCUGGAAGUCAAGGUGGCAGCUAUGCUCCAUCUGGAUAUCCUCCUCCUCAGCACCCUCCGCCAGCCCAAACAGGCUAUGCUCAGAUGGAUGCAGGUGCACAAAGGCCCCCAACAUCGGGCUAUCCACAGUCUCAGGUAGGGUAUGGGGGCCCGUCUUAUGGGGGUCAACCUGGAUACGGGCAGCAGCCGUAUGGUGGAGGGUAUUCUCAGCAGGCUCCCCCGGCUUAUUCCACCGAUGCAUCUGCGGGGGCUCAACCAGCCCAGCCUGCUGCUGGGUCUGCCAAAACCUCACCACCUAGUUGA